CAUGGCCUUCACUGGUUCACCGCAAGCGUUCUCGGUGGCGCUUGUCCUUACGUCACUUCCUUCGCAGGUUUCUGCCCGCCCCUUCUCCACCAGUCGCUGUUUGCUGACGCAUCCACAGCGUCCGGUUGUCUUGACAAACUUGCACUGCAACUACCAAGGAGGACAAUGACCAUGAGUAAAAAGCAAGAUAUUCAUCCCUCUGUGUUCUCACCUCAUCUCUCGGGAAGAUCAAAACGCCUUUUAGUCUUUGGAUUGCUUUGAGCGACUUCGUCACACCUACAUGAGGUCACAAGCAGUCACAAGCGCAGAGGGUUGAUACGAGUUCUGAGUGAAAAAAGCGGGGCGGGGCUGAAGCCAAGGAGAAAUUGGUCUGUCUCCUGUACUGUUACUGAUGCCGCUACUGUAACUGCCUUCAACUUGUCCUAAAUGGCUGACUCCCAUUUUCUCUGCUGCUCAGAAUUUCACCAGAGAAAGAACCUCGUCUGUUUCCUCACCAACCCAUGCUGUGGUAGCCUCAUUAAUGCAGAUGGCCAUGGCGAAGUGUGGACAGAUUGGAAUGAUAUGUCAAAAUUUUUCCAGUAUGGAUGGAGAUGUACCACUAAUGAAAAUUCCUAUUCAAACCGUACCCUGAUGGGUAAUUGGAACCAAGAAAGAUAUGACCUAAGAAAUAUUGUGCAGCCUAAACCUUUGCCUUCCCAGUUUGGACACUACUUUGAAACAACAUAUGAUACAAGCUACAACAGCAAAAUACCAUGUUCAACCCAUAGAUUUAAGCGAGAGCCUCAUUGGUUCCCAGGACAUCAACCUGAACUGAAUCCUCCUCAAUACAAAUGCACAGAGAAGUCAGUUUAUAUGACUGACUAUUCAAAACCUCAAACCAAUCCCUCUUGGUGUGUAUGGGAUCCUAAUGUUGACCAAGUUCAGGAUCCAGAUGCUAAGAAAGAUCUUCAUUUUUUCAGAAUAGAAUGUAAGAGGGAGCUCAUUCUAAAACUCAGCUCACCCUAACACAGUUUCACUCUUUGAUUAAAUAAAGCAUAAGACAGAGAAAAUAUUCUUUUUUGUUUCAUCAAGAUUUUUUUUUUUUUUGUGGUGCUGGGUAUCGAACCCAGGGCCCUGUGCUGCAAGGCAAGCACUUUAACCAAAUGAGCUAUCUCCCCAGCCCCUUCAAUCAAGAUUAAAUGUCAAGUUAAUUUGAUCUAUUCUUGUUCUGUAUCAGAGGUUUGUAGAAGUCAUUAAAAUAGCUGUUUCUCUGAAUCUAUAACCACUUUGCUCUUCUCUGCAUUCUGUCAGUGGCAGAACUGCAAAACCUAGUAUAACUUAGGUUUUUGCUAGAUGUUUUCUCAUAUAAAUCUGGUGGUAAUAGUCAUGGAAAGUAAUUGUCCUGUGUUUUUUAAUGAACAACCCUGUUGAGGACUAUGAAAAGAACAAGAACUUUGUUAAAAAUUUUUAGAAAGAAUUUAAAACACGAACAAAAAGUAGACAGAAUAACCUAAUGACCUCCAUGUACUAGUAUAUAGCAUCCACCAUUAAUGACUAAUCUUAUCUGUACCUACUUUCUCUUUCAUUGAAUUAUUUUGGAGCACAUCUCAGAAAUACAUUCAUCUAUGAUUUCAGUAUAUAUUUCAAAAAAUAUAUCAAUGUCAACUCCCCUCCAAGAUUACUAAGGAAACAUAUUGAUCAAAUAAAUUUGAGCUUAUUAACCCACUGGAGCAAGGAAGAACAGUAACUGAUGUAGAGUCUUGAUGACAGUUCAAAAGGGAGGUGUUAGAGUAGGACACUGAUUUAAGAUGGAUUUUGCAAAGCAGAAGGAAACUGAUAGAGGCUAAGAAAAGGUUGUAAAUAGUUUAGAAUCGGUAAACCUAGGGAAUCAACAGUCUAUAAUAUGGUUAAACUUAUCACUAUUUCCUCUUUUUGUCUUCUGAUUAAGGAGAUAAUACACUAUCUAGGGACUCCAUAUACUGGUAUUAUCUUCUUAAAUAGGAGACAAGAAAUAUCUCUCAUAUAUUACCUCCCAAACCUUAAUUAUUUUAUAUUCCAUAUAUAGAUCUGGAAUUUAUGUUGUAUAUGAUGUUAGGCAGUACUAAGUUUCCAGUUGUCCUACCAUAAGUUAUUGAAAAGACCAUAAUUUCACGGCUACUCUUCAAAACCAUUUUGUUGUAAAUCAGCAGUCUGUGUAUAUGUAGGUUGUUUCUUGUUAGGCUAUUUAUUUCUAUUCUAUUGGCUAAUUGUCAUUACUUGUAUUAUCUUAGUACAAUCCUUACUUAUCCCACUAUCUUAAUUAUAGUAAUUGUAUAAGUCUUAAGCCUUAUAGAUCAAGUACGUUUUAAAAAGUUUUUAUUUGUUAAUUUUUAGUUAUACAUGACAGUACAAUGUAAUUUGACAUAUGCAUACAUGGAGUAUAACCUCCCAUUCUUAUGGUUAUACAUG